AUGGGUCUUACAUUCUCGAAGUUGUUCGACAAGCUAUGGGGCAAGAAGGAGAUGCGCAUCCUGAUGGUUGGCUUGGACGCUGCAGGAAAGACGACGAUUCUGUAUAAGCUCAAGCUCGGUGAAAUCGUUACCACGAUCCCGACCAUUGGCUUCAACGUCGAGACUGUCGAGUACAAGAACAUCCAGUUCACCGUGUGGGAUGUCGGAGGCCAGGACAAGAUCAGGCCCUUGUGGAGGCAUUACUUCCAGAACACCCAGGGUAUCAUCUUCGUCGUUGAUAGCAACGAUCGCGACCGUAUUGUGGAGGCGCGCGAGGAGCUUCAGCGGAUGUUGAACGAGGACGAGCUGCGGGAUGCUCUGCUUUUGGUCUUCGCCAACAAGCAGGAUCUGCCUAACGCCAUGAACGCUGCCGAAAUCACCGACAAGCUCGGUCUCCACAGCCUUCGACAACGUGCCUGGUACAUCCAAUCCACCUGCGCUACGUCCGGCGAUGGUUUGUACGAGGGUCUGGAAUGGUUGAGCAACUCGCUUCGCAAGGCUGGCCACAACUAA